CAUGAACAUAUGACAUGAUGUUGUCAAUUUUAAGGAGGCCGGUGAUUGCAAGUACUUCAAGAUUUUAUUCAACUUUAAGCAAAAAUAUGGAAAAGCACGGCGUUGUGCCCGAUGUUAUCGACGUUGCUCCCGAACAACAAGUUGAAGUUUCGUAUCCCAGUGGUGUAAAGGUAGAUUCUGGCAAUGAAUUAACUCCAACACAAGUUAAAGAUAUACCGGCAGUAAAAUGGCCGGCCGAUAAAGAUUCCCUUUACACACUUUGUAUGACCGAUCCUGAUGCCCCAAGUCGAAAAGAACCCAAGUUCCGAGAAUGGCACCAUUGGCUCGUUGGAAAUAUUCCAGGAGGAGAUGUCUCACAAGGAGAAGUUCUUUCUGAAUAUGUUGGAUCUGGACCACCACCAAAUACAGGUCUUCAUAGAUAUGUUUUCUUGGUGUACAAACAAAAUGGUAAAUUAAAGUUUGAUGAACCAAGAUUGACCAACAAAUCCGGAGAUAAUAGAGGUGGAUUUUCUAUUAGAAAAUUUGCAGCUAAAUAUAAUCUUGGGCAACCUGUUGCUGGUAAUUUGUAUCAAGCUGAGUAUGAUGAUUAUGUUCCAAUUUUGUACAAGCAAUUGGGAGGAUAAAUUGUGAUAUCCUGUUAUUUAAUAUGAUUAGUAUGUAAGAAAUAUGCCUUCAUUUAAUAAAACUGUAUUGAUUUUUG